GCGUUUUUAGUACUACUCUCUUCGUGCCAAAAAAUUAGGAACUAUACGCUUCACAUUCCAUGUAAAAUCUUCGCAUUCUAUAAAUACAACAUUGAUAUGUUUUACAACAAUUUUGAGGAAAAAUGAUCAACUACGUUAAACUUCAUCUAGUGGUUUGAUAGGAUAAUAUUGGCGACCAAUUGCAAUACAUUUCAUAACAGUCUUGCAUUUGAAGAGUAUUAGGUUUGACAUCAAUAAUCAAAACAUGACUCAAUUUUGGGAAUCCAAGGCAGUUGAUGCUUAUGAAAUGUAAGGAGGUUUGAUACAAAAAAGUAAAGUGCUAAAUGGAGUUAGUUUCUCUUUGUAAUCCCUGUAGCAUUGUGGCUGUAUGCUUGGACAUGAGAUCAGGAAAGGAGCAUAUGGUCGAGUAUGCAAAGGUUUGGAUUUGGAGAAUGGCGAUUUUGUUGCAAUAGAACAAGUUCCUUUGCAGAGUAGUGCACAGGAGGAUCUUAACAUCAUCAUGCGACAAAUCAAUUUACAUAAGGAUUUGAACCAGAAAAAUAUAAUAAAAUAUCUUGGAUUCUUUAUGACAGAGACCCAUCUUCACAUAGUUCUUGAGUAUGUGGAUAAUGAGUCACUUGCAAACAUCAUCAACCCAAAUAAUUUUGGGCCAUUACCUGAACCAUUGGUGGCGUUUUAUGUAGCACAGGUGUUGGAAGGCUUGGUUUAUUUACAUGAACAAGGGAUUAUUCAUCGGGAUAUUAAGGGUGCAAAUAUUUUGACUACUAAAGAGGGUGUUGUUAAAUUGGUGGAUUUUGGGGUUGCCAUGAAGCUAACAGAGGCAGAUGUUGAUAUGCAUUUUGUUGUUGGCUCACCUUACUGGAUGGCUCCCGAGGUGAUAGAAAUGUCAGGUGUUUGUGGUGCAUCUGAUAUAUGGAGUGUUGGUUGUACUGUGAUUGAGCUAUUUACUGGGGUGCCUCCUUACAACGAUCUUCAUCCUAUGCAAGCUCUUUUUAGGAUCGUUCAGGAUGAAAUUCCUCCAAUACCAGAUAGCUUGUCACCUGGUGUCACGGAUUUUUUGCGCCAGUGCUUUAACAAGGAUGCUAGGCUGAGACCUGAUGCAAAGACACUGCUUUCUCACCCUUGGUUACAAAGUUGGAAGAGACGUGUUGUAUUGCAAUCUUCAGGCUAGUUAUGUGUAAUAAAUAAUAAUAAUGUAGGGACAAUGUUAUAAAACAGGAACAAAGCGUCAUGUAUGUUCAACCUACAAGUUUUUUCAAGAAGGGGUUUAGUUCCAUUAUUAUAGAA